AUGGAAUUUAAAAGUUUUUUGACCGCAAGAAGUUUUUCAAGUUGUAAAGUCUUGUGUAAAGCCGUACCAAAUAAUUUAAAAGGUAAGAAAGCUGAUUCUAAAAAAUGGUUAAUCAAGUAUAUUCAAGAUCCAUAUGUCGAAAAAGCAAGACAAGAAAAUUACCGUUGUCGUAGUGCAUUUAAAUUAUUAGAAAUAAACGAUCGUUUUAAAAUAUUAUCACCUGGUUUGUGUGUUGUCGAUUGUGGUGCUGCGCCUGGUAGCUGGACACAAGUAGCUGCUAACUUGACAAAUGCCGCGGGUAAAUUACAAGAUACACCUCUGGGUCAUGUUUAUGCUAUCGAUAGAUUGCCAAUACAUCAUAUCGAAGGUGCUACUUUAAUUGGCAACUUAGAUUUUACCACUAAAGAAGCCCAAACUAAACUACGUCAACUGGUAAAACAGCCAGUUGAUGUUGUGCUGUCAGAUAUGGCACCUAAUGCAACUGGAAUACGGGAUAUUGAUCAUGACCAAAUCAUUGGGUUGGCUUAUGCUGCUAUGAAAUUUGCUGUUGAAAUGUCUAAAGUUGAUGGCACAUUUAUCGUUAAACUUUGGGACGGUAGUAAAUCCCCGCAAUUCGAGAAAGAUGUGGCAAGAUUUUAUAAGUCCGUAAGAAUUGUUAAACCAGAUGCUACUAGAGAUGAAUCGACUGAAAAAUAUAUUCUAGCUAGGGGAUUUAAAGGUCUCAAAAUAAGUUAA